ACGGAUGUCAGGUCGCACGAUGGCCGCCGCCGCUCCGGACUCUCCUCUCUAUCUGGGCUUCGACUUCAGCACGCAGCAGCUGAAGGUGGUGGCGAUCGAUGGGAACCUGAACGUGGUUCAUCAGGACAAUGUGCAGUUUGACUCGGAGCUACCUGAGUUCAGGACUCAGGGAGGAGUUCACAUCCACACAGACAGACUCACAGUCACCUCACCUGUACUGAUGUGGGUGAAGGCUCUGGACCUCCUAUUGGACAAGAUGAAGGGGGCGGGGCUUGACUUGUCCCGUGUGCGAGCGUUGUCAGGCAGCGGCCAGCAACAUGGCAGCGUGUUCUGGAGAACCGGAGCGUCUGAGACCCUGAAGCAGCUCCACCCGGACCAGGACCUGCACCAGCUGCUGCAGGACAGCUUCUCCGUAGCAGACUGUCCCGUGUGGAUGGACUCCAGCAGCAGGCAGCAGUGUGAGGAGCUGCAGGCGGCAGCAGGGGGCGCUGUGGUCCUGGCCCACAUCACCGGAUCCAGAGCCUACGAGCGUUUCACAGGAAACCAGAUCGCCAAACUGCAUCAGAGCCGAGCAGACGAGUACCAGAACUCUGAGAGGAUCUCAUUGGUCAGCAGCUUCGCGGCGUCUCUCUUCCUCGGUGGUUACGCCGCCAUCGACUACAGCGACGGUUCAGGGAUGAACCUGUUGGACAUCAGGACCAGGACCUGGUCUGAGAUCUGCCUGGAGGCCUGCGCUCCGGACCUGGAACGCCGGCUGGGAACGCCGCAGCCCUCCACAUCCGUCCUGGGUUCCGUCUCCUCGUACUUUGUGCAUCGAUACGGUUUCUCUGAGAGCUGCAGCGUGGUGGCCUUCACCGGGGACAACCCAGCGUCUCUGGCUGGGAUGCGUCUGCAGCCUGGAGACAUUGCUGUCAGUCUGGGGACCAGUGACACACUCUUCCUGUGGGUACAGCAGCCUCGGCCGGCCCUCGAGGGUCACGUCUUCUGUAACCCGGUGGAGCAGCGAGAGUUCAUGGCUCUGCUGUGCUUUAAGAACGGCUCUCUGACGAGGGAGCGAAUCAGGAACGAGAACACUGGAGGAUCAUGGGAACUUUUCUCUGCCGCCUUGAGAGAAACACCGCUCGGAAACAACGGAAACAUCGGCUUUUAUUUUGACAGCAUGGAGAUCACGCCUCCUGCGGUGGGAGUUCACCGCUUCGACCGGGAGGACAACAGGGUGUCGUGCCUGGGCCCCGGGGCCGAGGUCCGGGCCCUGGUGGAGGGCCAGUUUGUGUCCCGGAGGCUCCACGCUGAGAGGCUGGGCUACUCCAUCAUUCCAGGAACCAGAGUUUUAGCAACAGGAGGAGCUUCAUGUAAUAAAGAGAUUCUGCAGGUUCUGUCUGACGUGUUUAACGCUCCGGUGUACACCAUGGACCUGUCGGGUUCCGCCUGCCUGGGAUCGGCCUACAGAGCUCUGCACGGCCUGGUGGCAGAAUCUGGAGUUUCCUUCUUUGACGUGGUGAAGAAAGCUCCGGAACCAAAACUGGUAGCCACCCCACAUCCUACAGCACAGCAGGUGUACCAGCAGAUGCUGCAGCGCUACGCCCGAUUGGAGGAGAGCAUCCUGCAGGAGCCACGCCCCUGAGCCACAGCAGCCAAUCAGCUCCGAGGAACUAGAAUCACUACAAAACUCUUCAGCCGGUGUUUUAGUGAUUCAUCAGUGCUGCUCAUUAAACAAGCUAAGUUUUCAGCAAUAUGUAAUAAAAGUUUAAUUGAAAUUAAAUCAGCCACAUUAAUGUUCAUUCAAAAAUGUCAGUUAAUGUCACGUUUUUACGUGUUUACGCACUCAUGUGAUUUUGUUUUAACUUUUUAGUUUUUUAUAACAUUGAACCAGCAUGAAGGAGGAUAAAUGAGUUAAAGUAAAUGAAUAAAUGUUGAAAUAAAUACAAGAAUAUCAAUAAAUAAAUGCAA